AUAGUCGCACUCGCACGCCUCCAGCGCUGCCACACCCGUCUAUCCUCCUGCGCGUGCCAAAUCGUUUGCUUAAUUUUAAUUGAACUCGAGCUUUUGUGUAAGCGGUUGCUUAAAUACAUACAUGUGGAAGCAGCAAGGCUGAUUCUGUAUCAGACAAGUAUAAGCUUUGUCAACAGCGAUGAGAAGUGGUGAUCGAUGAAAGCAUGAAGGGAAAAGCAUCCCUCGAGUACGAGCGAAUGGUGCUUUGUAAUGUAACUGCUUGAUUGCGCCGCUUGCGUAAUACCCCGCGCGCACAGGUGACACCAUUCCAACCUUUCUUCUAGACUGAACAUACCUCGGUGACGGACGCGAUGACUCUGAGCAGAACUUUAGCCUCCCUGUUGAAGCAAGCCAGUCGCCACAGACACACGGGCACGUCUGUCUGCUUCGUGCGCAAUAUCAUAAGUUCUCAAGAGCCCAUUCGCCCGAAGACAAUGCCAGAAGUGAUGGAAGCUCUCAAAAGUCAUGUGGGAUAUAUUGGCGAUGUAAAUAUUGAUGCAAAGAUUAUCAGAACAAGUGCCCACACGAAGCUCCCGAAUUCCCAAGAAGAACUGCCAGAACGCAGCAUGCUGGACAGCUACGAUGAGUGCAUCAUACCAGUGGCCACCUCUUCGACCAUGCAGAAGAGCCACACCUCUGGCCAAGGCUUCGUUCGUUUUGGUCGUAUUCUCGAGGACAUGGAUGAAUUUGCAGUGUGGCUGUCAUACCGGCAUGUGCAGUACCCAGGCCUGAGCUUCGGCGUGCCUAUGCCCGUGAACAUGGUGACUGCUCUAGUGGACAGCAUACACAGUGAAGACAUGGAAAUUCGGCCACGGCAUGACCUCAAACUUCGUGGCCACAUUUCCUGGGUUGGCAGGACAUCCAUGGAGGUCACCAUGGAGCUCCUAUCUCUGGCCCCGGAACAAACCAAACAUUUGCUGACUGCAAAGUUUGUGAUGGUCGCUAUGCAAGCCAAUGCCUCAAAUACUGUUCCUGUAAAUAAGCUUGUACCAAAAAAUGAUGAAGAACAAGCUAUCUUUGAAGAAGGAGCAGCCAGCGUUGCACGAAGAAAAAAAUUCCAAGCAAGUGGCAUUCUCAAACAACCGCCAACACAUGAAGAGAGGGAUCUUCUUCACAAACUUUUCCUUGAAGACUUUGAUCCAGAGACAUAUAUCCUAAAAUCUGACGAGUGCCCUACUGGGGCCAUUUGGAUGCAGGAUGCACGGCUAACCAACGUGAUCAUUUGCCAGCCUGAGUUUGAGAAUCUCUACAACAAGGUAUUUGGUGGCUUCCUCAUGAGAAACGCCUUUGAAGUGGCAUGGGCGACAGUUUACGUCCUCAGUGGACGCCGCCCUAAGACAUACCACACAGAUGACAUCUGGUUCAGGAAGCCAGUGGAGUUGGGCUCUCUGCUCCACUACGAUUCACAGGUGGUGUACACCCAGGACAACUUUGUCCAAGUCAAUGUGAAUGCAACGGUGAUCAAACCUGAAAUAGGCACAAAGGAAAUAACAAAUGUUUUCCACUUCACUUUCUGCCUUGAUGGAGAAAAUCCAGCUCCCAGAGUGAUCCCUAGGUCUUACCCUGAAAGUAUGCUGUACAUUGAAGGAAAACGGUACCUGGACCAUGCCAUGUCAAAGCGACAGUCUCCAGCAAGCCACAGCCAUAGUCACAGCAAAAGCCACAACACAAGCCAUGGCUCGGGCCACGAAUCAAAAAAGCUAAUAUGAGUUCAGCAACAGUACAGCAGUGUGGUGUGUGCAAGACAACCAACACUGAAAUGGAUGCUCGAGUUGAGGUUGUGAGGAUGCAUUUUACAGCAACCAGAUGAACCCAUGGCCCAAGGGAAUUCAAUAGCGAUUGCAUUUACGAAGCUGUGCACGUAUAACUACUGCCUGUGUGCCACGUAUGCAACUAGCAAAGAGAAAGCACUUGUUUAUUACAUGUUUGUAUUAAUUAAUACUGCAGGGAUUCUUUGGUGUCCAGAAACACCAACUACUCAUGUUAACCAAUGUGUAACAGAAUUUAGCUUUUACUUACAAGAUUCUAGCAUUUCACGGCAUGCUUUCCCUCUCAUACAAUUUUUAAAUUUCACACUAUUUUGUUGUGAAAAUGAAUAUAUAUGUAUAUUAAAGCACUAAUUUUACCUGUGGUGACUCUAGUUGGAGGCAUAACUUUUUUGUGUGGAGCAUGAACAUUUCACAACAUAAACAAAGACUAGCACUGACGUUGCAUCUUUGUGUGACAUGCAAAUGUUAGAUGAAGGCACAAGGACAAGCACCAUGUGUUUGCGUCUUGGUCCAACAUUCGCACUUCACACAAAAGAAUGACACCAACCAUACUUCAUCAGUUUGUCUAGUGAACUCAUUUUUCAGAAUUCUCUGACCUUCCCAGGUUUUUCAUGAGUUUUGCAGUAAAAAUUCCAUCAUUAAAAAAAAGAAGAAGAUAGCAACUGUUUUUUAAGCACAAUUUCUGUAUGUCCAAAACAUGGGGCAAUACUGAAGAAACAAAACUUUGGGGGAAAAUUUUCAGCUUACACUGGCAGCAGAAAAAAUCGAAGUACAGUAAGCUUCUGUUAAUUAGACUCCAGUUCAUUUAAUCCCGACCAUGGGUCCUGGCUCAAUCAACCCCAAACUUUUGUUAUUUCGAUCCUGAAGUUGGCCUUCCCUGGAUAAUUCUGUUUCAGCACACACAUGCCUAACCUCAGUGACGACUCCAUUAGCAGCAGCAUCUGUCCUCGUGGUGCUUAGGGUGCAGUAAAUGUGUCAAACACAUGCCAUUUCCCAUCGAAAACGGCUAUUUUUGGCAUGCGUGCUUGUUUCAGAUACAAAGAUCACAAGAGACAAGCUAUUUCUAAAUUCUAAAAACGUCUGAGGGCAAGUGCACUUAAGAUUAUUUGGCUAAAAUUCAGCGACAAGUGACCAUAGCUCUUAACAGUUAAGAACCCAUUUGUCAAUCCCAGACGGAAUAUUCCUUGUUCGUUUUAAAUAACAGUGCAAAAGGGUUCAUCAUCAUCAUCAUCAUCAGCCAAUUUCUUUAUGUCCACAGCAGGACGAAGGCCUCUCCCAGUGAUCUCCAAUUACCCCUGUCUUACACUAAAUGAUUCCAACUUGCACCUGAUCGUGAGCAGGAAAUUUAGAGAAGAAUAAAAAUUUGCUGUAGUUUAACUCAGUUGUGCCUGAGUGUGCGUAACGAGAGGUACGGCGAAUAUUAUUGUUUAGCUUGGUUCUCUCUACAGUUACAUCUUUAGCGUUUAGCUUCGUAUGUCUGAGUGUUUAGGUUUGGUUGUUACCUCUCGUUAAGUUAUGGUUACAUUUAAGACUAGACAUUUUUAAAGUGUAACGCAUUUAUUUUGAUAGUCUUCAUCUUGUUUCUCAAUUGCCACAAAGACAUCCCGAUGGUCGGUGAGGCGGGAGGAUAAGGGGUUGGCGUCCAGUGACUUGGAACACGUUUCAGGUGCUAUCCUCAUCUGAAUCCACUCGCCUGGCCGCUUCGUACUUACGACGCUUCUCGAGGCGUGCAGCUCGUUCUUCCUCUGUCUCCUCGGCUCGCUGCCUCCUCUUGGUUUCGUUCCGACGACAAAGCCUGGCUUCUUUCAGUCUCUCCGACUCACUUUCCAUAUCUGCUGACGAAUCCCACCGAGCCAUCCCUUCUAUAUAUACGAUGCAACGCCAGCUCCUCCUCCGACGUCAUGCCAGAUGGCGUGGCAAGUAGUGCUGCCAGCUGCGGCGGUUGUUACAACGCGGUUUCACCGGCUCCUCCUCCGAUGUCAUGCUAGAUGUCGCGGUAAAUGGUGCUGCCAGAUGCGGCGGUUGCUAGGGAACGGCUCAGCUCGCGGUGCGGCCACCGGCCACAGCGAAACGGCGAAAAUACGGCCAAUGUAGCUCUCGCUACAAAAUGGGUUGGAUUGACUGGGAGCUUACCACUGUAGUUGAAAAGAAAAGUGUAUAAUCAUUGCAUUCUAUCGGUGCUAAUAUAUGGGGAAGAAACUUGGAGGUUAACAAAGAAGCUCAAGAACAAGUUAAGGACCGCGCAAAGAGCGAUGGAACUAAAAAAGUUAAGCGUAAUGUUAAGAGAAGGGCAGAGAGCGGCAUGGAUCUGAGAGAAAACAGGGAUAGCCAAUAUUGUAGUUGACAUUAAGAGAAACAAAUGGAGCUGGGCAGGCCAUGUAAUGUGUAGGGCAGAUAACCGGUGGACCAUUAGAGUUACAGAAUAGGUGCCGAGGGAAAGGCACAGUCAAGGACAUCAGAAAAUUAGGUGGGGUGAUGAAAUUAAGAAUUUUCAAAAGGGUUAUUUCAAGCCAAAUGCACCAACCACGAAGUUGACCCCCUGCAAUUUCUAUAGAAAAAGUUAGGGAUAACUACUAAAGUGCAUUCCCAAAAUAUUUCUUGCAGAAACAAAAUUAUUUUUAUCUACCUCAAGACCAUUGAUGUUUUAUAAUGCAAGGCGAGACAGGGUGUAGAAGAAAUAUUUUUUCAGAAAUAUGCCCAAUUUUUUUAGUACAGAAACAUUUUGUACGAAAUUUAGAGAAUUUAAUUUUUGCUGCGUUUUUUGUUAAUCAAGAAGCACAAGUUCGGGCAGGUUUGAAGUUUAUAGAACUUUUAGCUUUGUUCACUGUCAUGUUAUAUCUGGCGCAUUUGCAGUCUCAAACAUAAUAGGAUAAAAGUGCUUUGUCAUGCAACAAACUAGGAAGAGAAAAUUGUCCUAAAUUGAGAAAAUGGCAAAUUUGUCAUAUGUUCUCUGUAAAUGGCAGAUCGUUGUGGGCCACCUAAAAAUUUCAAUAUUAGCUGGUCAAACAGCAGGACCGAUAGCUUAUGUAAGGGAGGUCAGUGAAAGUACUUUCUUACACAAGAAAAAAAUUUGCAAAGUUAGGUUACUGGCUCCACCCACUAGUCCUUAAUCUGCAUUACAUCUUCACUGAUAUAUGCCUUAGUCUGGCGAGUAAUUAAUGUGCCAACAGCAUCUUUUUUUCUUCCAUGAGAGCACUGCAGAAGUGCUGGACAUGUGGCUUUUAUUGCAUUGCCACAUAGUUAUUCCUACUGCAUUUUCCAACCAAGCGCAGCACACUUGGAAGUAGAAAUUUUGAACCUUUGUCAGCAGUGCAGACGAUUUGGUUUAAGCUGGAUAGCUGCCUAUGAGGACAUGUUAUUACAACAGAGUUUAAUAGUGCAACUAAAUUCACUAGAACACCAGCUUUGAGCUAUGUCCAGCCUUCGUCAUGUGUAAUGCAACGCAACCAACUGGACUUGUUACACUAACAAAAACUCUGUAGUAACCAUGUUUCUAUUGACUACAAUGCAGUGGCUAUGCAGCAUCAACUCACCUGAAAAAGGAAGAAUACUGCUCCAUAAACAAACUAAAGCCUUCGGUUUGUCAUUGGCAUUAGCCAUAGGCGUCAGUUUCACACCUGCCACCAUCAAAUUGUUCACUGCACCAUACAAGAUGCUUCACGUACAACAAUCCCUGUAUAUGAACAACUGUACUGUGGUAGAAGGUCGCGUUGAGCCUGAAGCCAGUGCUGCAUGCAAUUUACAGAUCUAUUCCUUAUUAAGGCGAUUGAAAACAAUUAUUGUGCAGGAAAGCCCACUUGCAGUGCUGCAAGCCGGCUCUUAACUUUGCAGGGAACCAACCUACAUGAAGUUGCGGCUUGGGCAGUUUAAGCAGUCAUGUUCAAGUAGUGUGGUCAUAGGGCUCACUCCGUGCAUUUUGCACUGCAUGUGAUUUUGAACAGAGACGCUUUGGAAAUAAUUAUUUGAUACAGUUAAGCAGCAAUAUAACGAACUUCAAUGUAAGCAAAUUCUCGAUAUAACGAAGCAUCAUUUAACCUUUUAUAACUUGUCCAUAGAAUACUGUGUAUUUAGAACCUCAAUAUAACGAAGUGUGUUUAUAAACGGUUUCAUUAUAAUCAAAUUUUGCUACCACCACGAAGUAGAGAGACAAUAAAUGGAAACAUCCAUCGACGCAGAUGGUCACAUGGUUGAAUCAAACGGCCGCUUGCGAACGCACCUCUCAAAUAGCGCCAGCCAUGCUUCUGCAUACACUCCGCUUCUGCGGCCGAUAGUGUCGCCCACAGUGGGACGACGCACUAGCGCCUGCAACAGGGAGCAAAUGCUUUGUCUGCCUCUCGCUUCAAUGCAUCUCGGAAAGUCGAGAUAUCGCAAUCUCCAGUUUAACUCUUUCCCUACCAUGGGGUAAAUAGGUGUUUUUGGGAGGUUACGGCAGUUUUUUUUUUUUUUCUGAGGGAACUACUGCACUCAAUAUUUUAUGUAAUACAUGAACAAAAAGCAAAAUGAAUGCACUUUUCACACAUAGAAGUUUUAUUAACAAGAUAUAUGUCAUAAGAAGACAAAUUGCCAAAAUUAAAAUUGUGGGAUAAAACUGAGCAAUGUAUGUAAAGACACGCUUCUAUCUACUAAGAAAAAAAUGUUCGGAAAAUUAUGAGAUAUAGAAAUGUAUUGCCGUCUAAUAGACACUAUGUCCGAAAUAAUCUACAUUUCUCAUUGAACAGGUAUUCCGCUACAAUGCACUACAGUUGGGUGUGCCGGGCUGCGACCGCCGAUGUUCUAGGCUGGUUUGUGUCGUCGUCGCUUUCAGCGUUUUCCGACUCGCUGCUAUUCGAUGCAUCGAUAAGAUCAGCCGCAGAGGCUACAGAAACACGAUAUCUGCGAUUUGUGUCAUCGUCGCUUUCAGCGUUUUCCGACUCGCUGCUAUUCGAUGCAUCGAUAAGAUCAACCGCAGAGGCAGCAGAAACACGAUAUCUGCGAUCUCCCGAAGCGCGUGCGCCGCUUCCGGAACUGAUGGCGUAGUGUGUCCAUGAGCGGCCCGGAAGGUCUCAAAAGCGGCGUUUUAAACCAUCGAUAGCGGGCUAACGAUGCCCAGUGGGCGUGGUACGGAAAAAGUUAAACGUGCGGGAAGACAGCGCACGUGAUGCCACGUACGCCAUCACGGCAAGCCCACUCUUUUUGCACACGCAGUAGAUUAACUCCAAAACAGAGCGCGUGGGCUGCGUAUGCACUUGGCCUGGCCCUCGCGUGUGCUUAUCGCCAUUACCGCAAGCUCGCUCCCCUGCCCCCUUGCUCACGCGGGAAGGCAACGCUCGUCAAGCCAUCAUUUUUCUCGGCUGACCCUCGCACACUUUCACUCACACCUAAAGCAUACUGUGCAUGGAGCACGAUAGCUCAUUGUCGCACUUGCACUUUAUAAAAAAAACAUGACACUGCUCCGCUUUGGCAGUGGCUAUUGGUCGUGCAGCACGCGAUUUAAGGUGUAUUCACAAGCAGCCUCAUGUAAUUCAACCAUUUGACCGUCUGCGACUGAGGAAGUUACCAUUUAUUGUCUCGGUAUUCUUUUGCAGCAGCAACAAUUUUGUUAUAUUGAAAUCAUGUAUACACACACUUAGUUACAUUGAGGCUCAAAAUACAUGGUGUUCUAUGGACAAGUUAUAAAAAGUUAAAUACUUCGUUAGAUCAAGAAUUUCGUUACAUUGUAGUAUGUUAUAUCGGUGUUUAAGUGUAUUACAAUAUUCAACUAAUACAUGCAAAUACAAGGUAACAUUAAUGCUUCAUUUAUUCAAAUCACAUUUAUGCUUACAGUUUGCGACGUGCCACGUUUUGGUCAUGAGCACAAACGGUGUGCUAGCAUUAACAUUUCACUCGGCCGAUUCAGUGGUAAAUAGGUUCAGAUCUGCGACACCUCCCAUGCAAUAAUUAUGUCAUCAAAUGUUACACUGAAUUAAAUGGCCAUUACCUAUCUUUCUUUUUUGGUCGUGAAUGUGAAUGAGAAAAGUCUAUCUAGCCGAAAUUUCUAGUGUUGCCUGCUAUGUAAGAAAUGAAGUAUCACCCAAUCAGUCAUAUUGCUUGAGCCAUCAAACCACACAUCCACAGAAGGAAGAAAAAUUCUUUACUGACACAAUUUAUGUACAUCACAUAAUGCUAUGUACAACAAUAAAUGAAGGCAUUAAAAAACGGCACCCCAUUUCCCCAACUGGGAGGCCAAUGAAAGGCUCAUGGGGUGAUACACUCCUGUGGCAGCACACAAUCUGAAAAACGUGCCUGCAAAAUCAUACUCGAGACACCCAGUGGUGCAAGCUAGGUUCCUUCUGUACAUACAGUAGUGUACAGCAGAAAG